GUGUGUGUGUGUGUGUGUGUGUGUGUUGUGUGUGUGUGUGUGUGUGUGUGUGCUCCCCGCCCGACUGUAUGAGCUGCCUACAGUCUUCUUUGCGGCCACUGUUUUCGCCUCCUCCUCCACCUUCUCCACUUCCUCCAGCCUCUGUCUAUCUGUCCAGUCCGGGAAUGUUGACCACCGUGGCCUGAUCAAACGCCGACUGCCACUCCGUGUUCGUCUCUGAGGGUCGUAGCCUGCCUCUGGUUCUAAGGUUCAUCUUCUCUGUUCAUCCUGUAUUGAAACUGAUCCAGCCAAGCAAAUUGUACAAAAGAGCUGAGAAACACUAAACAUGGCUGUGGCCGGAUGUCCGGAUUAUUUCCUGCAUCAUCCAAAUUAUCAGCAGGACAAUAUAGACCGGUCCUCCAAUCACCGACAAGCUGACCUCAUUGGUCCGAGCUUCCAGCAAUCAGCCAAUCGGAGUUCUCCUAACCAUCAAGAGGAUGAUGUCGAUUUGGAGGCCCUGGUGAAUGAUAUGAACUCUUCGCUGGAGAGCCUGUACUCCACCUGCAGUGGUCAGCAGACAGAGUCAACCCCACUGCUGCACAAUGGACAGACCUCUUCCUCACACCAACAGCACCAUCACAAUCACGUGCAACACAACCAGCCUCGGCAGGGUCAACACUCACUUGCUCUAAGCCACGUCUCCCCAGAGCCGCCCUCCUCUUCUUCGUCGUCUGCAGACUCCCCACAAUCCAGCCUCAGGCGGUCACAACCCAUGCACAUCCUCGCUGUCAGGAGGUUGCAGGAACAGGAGCAGCAGCUGAGGACAUCCUCUCUCCCUGCCAUCCCGAACCCCUUCCCCGAGCUCUGCAGUCCAACCAGCUCCCCUGUCCUCAGCCCCGGCUCUCUACCUCCAGGAGAACCCUCCACUGGCACAUAUAUUGUGAAGAUCUUCAGUGAAGACGGCAUGGGUAAAGUGGUAGAGAUCCCAGCGGACAUGACAGCCAGGGACCUGUGCCAGCUCCUGGUUUAUAAAAGCCAUUGUGUGGACGACAACAGUUGGGCACUUGUUGAACACCACCCGCUGCUAGGACUAGAGCGCUGUCUAGAAGACCACGAGCUGGUGGUUCAGGUCCAGGCCUCUAUGAACAGCGACAGUAGAUUCCUCUUCAGGAAGAACUAUGCCAAAUAUGAAUUCUUCAGAAACCCCCUGACAUUUUUCCCUGAGCAAAUGGUUGCAUGGUGCCAGGAAACCAACCGUACGAUUCCACCAUCUCAGCUCCUCCAGAACUUCCUAGCGACCAGUAGCUGUCCAGAGAUCCAGGGGUAUCUGUAUGUGAAGGAGGUGGGAAGGAAGUCGUGGAAGAAAGUUUACAUAUUCCUUCGGCGCUCGGGGCUCUACUGCUCGACAAAAGGAACCUCAAAGGAGCCCAGACAUCUACAGUUUCUAGCAGACCUUGACGACAGUAACAUCUUCACUGUCACCACAGGCAAAAAGCAGCACGGAGCACCGUCAGACUACGGCUUCUGUAUCAGGCCCAAUAAAUGUCGAGGGGAGCUCAAGGAGUUGAGGAUGCUGUGUGCGGACGAUGAACAGGGCAGGACGUGUUGGAUGAUGGCCUUCCGGCUCUUUAAGUAUGGAAUUAUUUUGUACCAGAACUACAAGAUUCCCCAACAAAGGAAAACAUUACUUUCACACUUCUCGGCACCUGUGCGGAGUGUAUCGGAAAACUCCCUUGUGGCCAUGGAUUUCUCAGGGAGGAUAGGCAGGGUGAUUGACAACCCUGUAGAAGCUCAGAGCGCUGCCAUGGAGGAGGGACAUGCAUGGAGGAAGAGGAGUCAACGAAUGAACGUAUUAGGCUCCCACAGUCCUUUACACCACUCCUCACUAAGCUCAGUCAUCCACAUAGCUCAGUUGUGGUUCCACGGCAGGAUAACCAGAGAAGAAUCGCAUCGCAUUAUCCACCAGCAGGGACAAGUCGAUGGGUUGUUUCUGCUCAGAGUCAGUCAGAGUAAUCCCAAGGCGUUUGUGCUCACGUUGUGCCAUCACCAGAAAAUCAAACAUUUCCAGAUACUACCGUGUGAAGAGGACGGCCAAAUCUUCUUCAGCCUUGACGACGGCUCCACCAAAUUCACAGACCUGAUUCAGCUGGUGGAGUUCUACCAGCUCAACAGAGGAGUGCUGCCUUGUAAACUCAGACACCCGUGCACCUUCGUGGCCUUAUGACAUCGUCAGAUCACCUGACCCCGUCACUUGACCUGACUCUGCCUAAAACAAACAAAACAACACGAAUCUUCCUGUUGGCGUUUAGUUUUGUAUCUCUACAAGAAGCUGGUGAAUUGACUGAUGUUCCGCAGUCAUUUUGUUCUGUUGUGAGUCCUCUGAAGACUGCUGAAUUGUUGGAAUCCUUUUGCAUGAAUGUUGGAGGAGUCGGACUGACAGAUUGCUCACAAGGUUCCUCGCUCGAGCAGAGAACAGAUAAAGGAAAUGAACACUGCCCUUUGUGUCAAUGCUCUUGCAAAUUCUUCUACAAUCUUGCUACCCAUAGUCAUCAAUAAGCUUGGACACACAGUGAACCUCAAUGUUUAUCUUCACAAAGUGCAGACUGUGUUUCCUUUCAACUGGACAAUCAGCAGGACCACUCUCUGCUCUCCAAGAACAAACUGUAAUCGCAUUCAAGUCUUCAUCACACGUCCUCAAAACAAACUGUUGAUGGAGAGUUGAUUUCUCUUUAGUUUUGCACUCAUGGAACUGGGAGUUGCCUUUGACGUUGCAUGACUUCUCAGCUGUCUUAACUGUGAGAUGGUGCCACCGCCCUCUAGUGUCAUAGGCAUGCAAGGACAUGUCAGAAUUCAACAUCGAUGAUAUUUAGAAGCACCAGAAAGAGACACAGAAGUUUGUCAAACUAGCUGGAGGAAAAAUCUGGAACUGUUUAUUUGUGGACAACACAACACCUGCAUUGCGGCCCUCACAGAAAUGCUCAUCUGUCAGCACACAGGGUUUCUUUUCUUAUUGAUACAUUCGUUGUUUUGUAUUGCUAUCAAUAGUCUCUUUAAUAGUAUUUCUUUUUUAAUUGCCCCUUUUGCAUUCUGAAUAUUUGCAACUCUUCAUUAUUUGCAUGUUCCAUUUCCCUAAAGUAUGUCCUUGUCCGAUGUAACUUCCACAAAAAUAGAAAAACAUUUAUCGAAGGGUGAAAAAACAAGUAAUAAAGUUAGAGGAUGUUUAUAACCAUGUAGACAGAUGUGUUGCGUGGAAGGUUGGAAAGUGAAUCAGGUAUUUAUUUGGUGGGAAAUGUGUACGUGCAGUAGUUGACUGCAGGUAAAGGCAUGGUGAGAGUAUCAAUAUGUUAUUCAAUUCUCCUGCACAGGGGAGAAUAACCACUAGCAUUUCCCUCAGGUGUUUUUCAAGGAAACAAAAUAAUUACAUCAGAUCUGGUUUGUCCUGUCCUUGUUUCAAAAGUUGUCCCACAAAUGUACCUCCUGGGAGUUGUGAGAUAGUUAGAUAUACAUGGUUAAGUGUGACUGUUCAUUACAUUACAUAUAACACGGCCUUGGUCUGCCUGGCAGUACCUGUGUGUACUGACACAUCACAUAUAAGCCUCUUGCCCUCAGCACGCCACCUCUCAAUGAAAUCAGGCAGAAUGUUUUAGAAAGUAAGCUAAAGGUUUGGGAAGAAUAUGUAAUUAGAGAAGCGUAUAGAAAAUAUAUCUGCCUCUCCCUAGUCAUCUCUUUCUUUCCUCAGCCUGUCUAACCUGGUGUCAUCACACUCUCAUCGGCAUGCUGUGAAAAUGGACCUCUGGUACAUGAUGUGUUUUUGGCAAAACUCUUACUGAGUUAGGUUGAGAAUGACAGGAGUAAAUAGCCUCAGUUAUUGGAAGUAUUUUGAUGAUAUUCCUACUCAAAGUCUGUCACAAUUCGGUUCAUAGUCACUGUCUUUUAAAGUUGCACCACACACUUUUAAUCUCAAUCUGGGAUAUUUCUAGAAACUCACAUUUGAAUUUGUAUGUAGUCAAAACGUUGGUGUCAGCUGUGGUGUGGCCACCAGCCAGCAGACCGUUAGAUAUCCGUUUUUACGUACCUGUAAUGCAAACUCAACAGUCAUGAUUUAUUGACCUGCAGGUUAUCUCAAGGUUUAUUGGUCUUCUGUGAUGCAGAAUAGCCUCACUAUAUUGACUCUGUGCAUGGUCACCAUUAUUUAUCUAAGAUGCAAUGACUCAAUAAUUGUUUUAAAGUAUUGUUGCAGCAAAAUGUAUUUAUUUAUCUCCAUGUGACUGAUUACUUGAAAUUUUUAGAUUUCUUUUUUUUCUCUGCGCUGUUCUGUACUGUUUUCUAUUGUCAUUACCAUGAAAUGAUUGACCAGUGUGAUAUAUAAUUGUUAUUAUUGUAAUGAAAUAGCAUCUAUUGUUUUUUGUUUUUGUUUUGGUUCAUUCAAAAACUAUUUUUUCAUCAUAAAUACUUGAUGUUUAAAAGCACACUGGCAUCCAUAGUUUUAACAUCAUUCCAAUAGAUGCCAAGUGGAAUGUUGUUAAACUGAAAAGUUUCCCAAAGCAUGAACAAUAUUGUAUUUCCUGCUUUUCUCAUUUCUCUCAGACCUUUAAAAUAUCUUCUGUUAAAAUGUUUAACCCCUUUACUUUAAAAGGCCUCAAGUGCUCUCAUCGUCACUCGAUUGUGGUGACCUAAACUAGAACAAUAGUAAUUAUUUAAAGUAGUGAAGUCACAAAUAUUUUGGGAAACUAGGUCAAUCAACAUUCUCAUAAUGCACUGUUUAAACCAAGAUUUGUAGAAAUUUAGAUUUAGAAAAAAAGCCCUUUACUUUCAAUUUAAACGUUCGAUUAGAUUAGAUAUAAUUAAAGAAAUGCAUAACAGCAGUCCCUACUCACAUAUGGGCGCAGUAAGGCAUAGUCACUAUUUUAAUCCCCUUAAAACUGCAAUGAACAGGAAGUGGAUAUUCCACACCGAUAAAUCGAACCACACCAGAGCACCGCUGUCGACCUUCUUUCAGCAGAAUGAAGCAUCUUAAUCUGCUAGAUAGGUUUUAUCAUUUGCAUGAAUGUGGAUUUUUUAUGUACAUAUAAUGUCACUGAUAUUUGAUUUGUUGAUAUUUUUUAAGAAUCUGAACAACAUAAUAAUACAUAAAUAAUGAUGUAGUCUAAAAUCCCCUAAGAUUUGAUUCAGCCUGCCCAAUCAUCUUUAAAGUCCCAAUAUUUGAUUAUUGUUCCUGAAUGACGUGAAUGGUAUCAGAUGUCAACCUGUGAGGGAAAGUUAGCCUUUAAGGAUGAGUGAGUAUUUGCAUAUCCACUUACUCUGAAUGAAAAAGACGGAAGGUAACUUCAAUUCGAACACGUAAAAAAGAAACUCCACGUUUUUAUACUUAACAGAAAUGAAUGUAACUGGGUUGCUCAGGGUUGACUUGGAGCGUGUUAAAACUACUGGUCCAUCAGCUCUCUUGGACUGUUGUGUACAAGAAGGAAUUUAUAAUUACCUUAGGUUUGGUAAACUCUGUGGUCACAACAUACUUUUCUUUCAUUAAGUGCACCACCAUUCUGCUAGUUGUGAAUACUUGAAAAAUAUACUUGCAGAAAAUGGAAUAAAUCCAGUGUUAUUUAAAAAGGACACUUGACAGUGUUGUUCAUUUUAUUGUUUAGGCUGUUUAUUAAAAAAAAAAGCGCCUACAAUACUUGCUUGGUUACCUGAGCUGAUUAAAACCCUAUCUCGAACAUUUUUGACAAUUUAACCACAGUUAUCAUAUGGCAACAACGGGUGACCUAUUCAUUAAGAAAUCUUCAUAUUUCAAUUAAAUCAUGCGAAAUUGUAAUGUUAUCUGAUCAAUUUAAUCAUGCAAAAAAUGUAAAUACAAUUCCUAAUAGAGAAGGGCAAAGUCAGUUAUGGUUGCCAGGUAACACAACGAUGGUGCCUCUGAUGACUUCUCUUUUCUGCACAAACUACAUCUAAAAUGUGGACCAAAAGACACAAAGCUAGUGUAACUCAAACACAGAGAAAACGUGUUUGAGUUGUAUUUAACUCAAAAUACAAGUACACAAUAUGGUUUCAGUUUGUUUUUGGAGUUGGAAGUGAAUUAGCGCCGAUCCUGCAAAAGUGGAUUAAUCAAUUAUCAUCUCAACUCAUGCAUUUUCACUAUGUUGUCACAUUGCAAGUUACCGUGGCUGUACAAAUGAGUAAAGAAAAAAUAUAUCUAUAUAUGAAAAUAUAAACUAUUAUGUAUUUCAGGGAAUGCAAAAAAGAAAACAGUAACUUAUCUCGUUUUUUCAGAGAGAGCUCCUGUAUUCGAAAUGUGCUUUGCUUAAUUCUGUAAAUAGUUGAAUGGCUUAUACAUUUUAAUUGUAACCUUUUCAGGUAUUUUUGUACAAAUAAGGGACUGAUAUAUUCUGUUUAUUGUAAUUAGAAUAAAACAUUAAUACAUUGAUAUAAAAA